GCUUCCGUUGGCUCGUUAUAUUGGGAAAAAUAGCUUGCAACUGUUUAUUUAUUUGUACUGUACUGUAAAAUUAAAAUUAUUUAUUUAUUCUGUACUAUGGGAAAAGAAAGUUUCUGGCUGCUGUUUAUCGGAUUUUAUGUUAUUGCGAGCGAACCAAUCUCCAGCUCUACUGAAGAAGUGUUUGCAAGUAACUCCACUCAGCAGUCAGUGGACUACAGUGAUAUUGAGUCCAAAUUCUCUAUCAGAAACCCAGAAUUCCCUGAUGAGGAUCUUUGCUACCUCGUCCCAGGACAACGAGCCUCUGUUUCAGAUUGUAACUUCAAAAAUGGUUCCCAAACCUUCCUUAUUAUCCACGGAUGGUCGGUGGCGGGUCUGUUUGAGAGUUGGGUGUAUAAGCUGGUGACGGCUCUGUUUGAACGUGAACCCAGUGCCAACGUCAUUGUUGUGGAUUGGCUGGAUCGGGCCAACAAACACUACCCCAAAUCAGCUGAAAACACCAGGCUGGUGGGGGCCGACGUGGCUAAGUUUGUUAACUGGCUGGAGGAGUUGGGCUGUCCGCUAGAAAAAGUGCAUCUUUUAGGCUACAGUCUCGGUGCGCAUGUGGCCGGCGUGGCAGGAAACCUCACCAACAACAAAGUCAACAGAAUCACUGGUCUGGACCCGGCGGGCCCCAGCUUUGAGAAUGCAGAGAGUCUGAGGCGUCUGUCUCCCGACGAUGCCACCUUUGUGGACGUCCUGCACACAAACACCAGAGGCUCGCCGGAUCUCAGCAUCGGCAUCCAGAGGCCCGUGGGUCACGUGGACAUUUACCCCAACGGAGGAACCUUCCAGCCGGGCUGCAGCAUUCAACACACCGUCAAGCUCAUCGCCACCUACGGCAUACACAACAUGGACCAGAUCGUGAAAUGCUCGCACGAGCGCUCCAUUCACCUGUUCAUCGACUCGUUGGUGAACCAGGCGUACCAGAGCUGGGCGUAUCGCUGCAGCUCCAAAGACGCCUUCAACAAGGGCCUGUGUCUGAGCUGCCGCAAGAACCGCUGCAACAAACUAGGCUACAGCGUCAACAAGAUCCGCAGCGCAAGGAGCGCAAAAAUGUACCUCAAGACCCGCGACAUGAUGCCGUUUAAGGUGUUUCAUUACCAGAUUAAGCUGCAUCUUUUCAGCAACAAAAACAUGACUUUGCUGGAGCAGCCAAUGAAAGUGUCUCUAUUCGGGACGACCGAUGAGAGGGACGACAUCUCUGUCACUGUGCCCAGCAUGAGCACCAACAGCACCAUCUCAUUCCUGCUGACGUCUGACAAAGACAUCGGCGAACUACUGAUGCUGAACUUACAUUGGGAGAAAGACUCGUAUCUCUACGGCUUCUUCAGCACUAAUCAGUUCACGAUUCGCCGAAUGAGGAUCAAAUCUGGAGAAAGGCAGUCCAAGCUAACAUUCAAACCCAAAGAAGGAGAAUUUGGUUCACUGGUUCAGGGUGGAGACGCUGUUGUGUUUGUGAAGUCCAGUGAGACGCAGCAAAGCAGGAAAGAGCAAAGGCAGCACAGACGGAAACAUCACGGGAGCUUCUUCAAAAAGGGCAUCAACGAAGCAACCGCAGAUAUGAGUAAAGAACCGAGAUCAUCGACAGAGAUCAUGAGAGAAACCACCUCAAACUCUAACUCAGCUCAGCUCAACACUACAGUCGCUCUAUGAUUGUAUUUAUGCCAUCUGCACCAGAUUUACUGUAUCUGAACACUUUCAUUAGAUGUGGAGAUGGGCUUGUGAAUUGCACAAAUUUCCAGGUUACAUUCAUAUCCCAAACUCAAAACAAAAGAACAAAAAUGAUAUAUUCGUAUAGGAAAAUAUUAUAUAUAAACAUCAAAUCCUCAUGUCAUUUUUACUGUUAGCUAAUUAUUUACAUCAGCAUGUAAAUAAUUAAAUUAAAAGCUUAAAAUAAUGACAAUUAAACAUAAAAAAAAUCCCAAUGUUUCUAAAAAUAGACGAAUGCAAAAUAUAUUUUUUUUUUUCUUCCUUUUGAUUUUGGGGUCAGAUAUGAUCGUGUUCUUGACAGGUUUUAUGAGACCGUGUGUAAAUAAAUGAUUUAGCAUGAAUCCAACUUGAUUGAUUCACUAAUUUAUAGUUCAGAACAGACUGUUUUUUAAAUGUAAAAGCAUGUAUAUGUGACCCUGGACCACAAAACCAGUCUUAACUUGGCUCACAAAACGGGAGCCAAAAAUACAUUGUAUGGGUCAAAAUUAUUUUAUCUUUUGUGUCAAAAAUCUUUAGGAUAUUAAGUAAAGAUCAUGUUCCAUGAAGAUAUCUUGUAAAUUUCCUACUGUAAAUAUAUCAAAACUUCAUUUUUGAUUAGUAAUAUGCAUUGCUAAGAACUUUAUUUGGACAACUUUAAAGGUGAUUUUCUCAAUAUUUAUUUUUUUUGCACCCUCAGAUUCCAGAUUUUUAAAUAGUUGUAUUUCUGCCAAAUAUUGUCCAAUCCUAAAAAUCAUACAUCAAUGGAAAGCUUAUUUAUUCAGCUUUCAGAUGACGUAUAAAUCUCAGUUUCAAAAAACUGACCCUUAUGACUGGUUUUGUGAUCCUGGGUCACAAAUAUGGUAAGGUUAGUGAUAGUGGUUUGUACACAUUCAGCAGCUGUAGAUUAAUAAUAUAAACUGUGAUCUGAAUCUAAACUACAGCUACCUCAAGUUUAGCAAAACAAACUGAAAUCAACACAAUUUAACAUUCCAGUCAGAAAUUUAAAAUUGCUGAUUAAUAUAUUUUCACAUCAACAAAUCAAUGCAAUAUUUCGUUUGUUUGUUUUUGCUGUAUUUCAAUUGAAUAUUUCAAGUGUACUGUAUAUUUUUUCUUUUAGUUUUUUAGUAGAGGUACAGUCAGUCUGUAUAGUCUGUUAGUCCAGCCAAUAUAAUUAUUAAUGUUUUAACCUCGGACAUUAUUCACAAACUUUAAAAGAAAAUGCACAAAUUGUAUUGAAAUGCCUGCCAAUGUGAUACUGUACGUCCAUACUUUUUUCAUUGGUUUCCUAACAAAGCAUCUUGUGUAUUUCAUGCUGUAUGAUAUCUGAAGUGUAAAUAGGGUUUGAUUAUUAUAAUCACUACAUAUACAGUACUGUGCAAAAGUUUUAGGCCACUAGUAUUUUCACCAGCUAAAAAAUGGUUUAAAGUAAGCUAUUUCUAUCUUUUGCUGUAGUGUGUCAGUAAAAGAUAUGGGUUUACAUUUCCAAACAUUCUGUUUGCCAUUAAUUGUAAUAAUCUAGUGAGAUUUUUGUUUGCACAAGGAGUCUGACAACAGCCAGUGCUCCACACUGAUCUGAUCUCACCAUCAUCCAGUCUGUCUCUGGAAUGACAUGAAGACACAGAACAAACUGAAACAGAGUAAAUCCACAAGAACUGUGGCAACGUCUCCAAGAUGCUUCAAGUGACCUACCUGUGAAGCUACCUGAAAAAUUCACCUAGGGCAAAAGCUGCUGUAAACGCAAAGAAUGGUCGCACCAAAUGUUGAUUUCAUUUAGUUAAUAGAAGGUAAUUGAUAAAGAAAAUCUAUUUAUGACAGCAUCCUCAUUUUACAGCAUUUUUACACAAGUGCCUAAAACUUUUAACAGUGCUGCAGCUUUGCAGGUAGGUUUCUUGAAGCAUCCUGGAGACUUUGUCCCAGUUCUUCUGGAUUUAGUCUGUCUGAGUUUGUUCUGUUUCUUCAUGUUAUUCCAGACAGACUGGAUGAUGAUGAGAUCAGAUCUCUGUGCAGAGCACUCGCUGUUGUCAGACUCCUUGUGCAAACAAAAAUCUCACUGGAUUAUUACGAUUAAUGGCAAAAUGAAUGUUUGGAAAUGUAAUCUGAUAUAUCCUACUGACACACUACAGCAAAAGACCGACUUUGACUGACUGUAAAUCAUUUUUUAGCUGAUGAAAAUACUAGUGGCCUAAGACUUUUGCACAGUACUGUAUGUGUAAAUGUAUCAGUAUUAGUCUAGAGCUCAUUUUUAUCAUUGAAUAGUCAUUUUAGAACUACUACUGCCUUUAGAACAACUAAACUGCCUUUCAAUAACCAGCACAUAAAAUUCUUUAUACAAAA